UUGUUUACGGUACUCCAGCAGUCUUUCUCUUGUAGUAUUUUCAGGAAAAUCUCUCUCGUAAUAGCUACUAUUUCUCGUGUAGAAAAUGGAAAAGAAAAUGGAAACAUAUAUCAAGACCAUUUUAUACAUGAGAGUAGCAAGAGAGCGGAUCUGCAAGGUCUAAGAGGAGUGGCAAUUCUUCUCGUUCUCGUAAUGCACUUGAUACCAAAGUCCUGCAGCUUCGGAUUCGUUGGAGUAGACAUAUUUUUCGUACUUUCUGGUUACCUUAUGUCUAGAAUACUAUUACGGGAGGAAAUUACGGCGGUCUCCAUUUUGGAUUUUUAUCGCCGCAGGUUCAAAAGGAUUGUGCCCCUUUGCAUGAUGAACGCUGUUAUCACAUACGCAUGUAAGAUCUACUUCUGCAAAAGAUACUCCUAAAA